CAGCCGGCAAGUUUGGGCGGCCGUGGUGGAGGGGGCGAGGGGGCUCGCCAGUUCCAGUCUUCCCCGGGGAUCGGCGCCAGAGGGGCCUCCCGGACGGGCGCAGGGACCGGGCCGCCGUCCCCCAUCGCUUUGCCGCCGCUCAAGCCCAGCAGCGCCGCCCACACGGUUGGUGGAAACAAGCACACAAUGAAUGAACACCUACAUGUUGCUAGCCAUGGACAGAUCCAGGUUCAGCAGCUGUUUGAAGACAAUAGCAACAAAAGGACGGUUCUGACAACGCAACCAAAUGGGCUUACAGCAGUAGCGAAAUCUGGACUGCCAGUGGUGCAAGACAGACAGCUGGAAUCUGCUCAUCGGCGGCAGGGAAGCUCCAGUUCAUUGAAGUCAACGGAAGGCCCAGGUAAGAUGAAAACCUCUCUGAUGACACCCGAGCAAACAAUGAAGCAAUACAUGCAAAAGCUAACUGCCUAUGAGCAUCAUGAGAUCUUCAGUUACCCUGAAAUAUAUUUUUUGGGUCCAAAUGCGAAGAAGAGACAAGGUGUGAUUGGUGGUCCAAACAAUGGAGGAUACGAUGAUGACCAGGGCUCUUACAUACAAGUACCCCACGAUCAUAUAUCGUACAGAUAUGAAGUCUUGAAGGUUAUAGGGAAAGGAAGUUUUGGGCAAGUGGUGAAGGCCUACGAUCACAAGAUGCAUCAGCACGUGGCCCUGAAGAUGGUGCGGAACGAGAAGCGUUUCCACCGCCAAGCCGCUGAAGAAAUCAGAAUCCUGGAGCACCUGAAAAAACAGGAUAAGGAUAACAACAUGAACGUUAUACACAUGCUGGAAAACUUCACAUUCCGCAACCAUAUCUGUAUGACAUUUGAGUUGCUAAGCAUGAACCUUUAUGAGCUCAUCAAGAAAAACAAAUUUCAGGGCUUCAGUCUGCCAUUGGUCCGCAAGUUCGCCCACUCCAUUUUGCAGUGCUUGGAUGCUUUGCAUAAAAACAGAAUCAUUCACUGUGACCUUAAGCCAGAGAACAUUCUGUUGAAGCAGCAGGGUAGGAGUGGCAUUAAAGUGAUUGAUUUUGGCUCUAGCUGUUACGAGCACCAGCGUGUCUACACUUACAUUCAGUCACGUUUUUAUCGUGCUCCAGAAGUCAUCCUUGGUGCUCGUUAUGGGAUGCCCAUAGACAUGUGGAGCCUGGGCUGCAUUCUAGCUGAACUCUUGACAGGUUAUCCUCUCUUACCAGGAGAAGAUGAAGGAGAUCAGCUGGCUUGUAUGAUAGAACUGUUGGGCAUGCCUUCCCAGAAACUACUAGAUUUAUCCAAACGAGCAAAAAAUUUUGUGAGCUCCAAGGGUUAUCCUCGGUACUGUACCAUUACUACCUUGUCCGAUGGUUCUGUAGUGCUCAACGGUGGUCGUUCCCGGCGGGGCAAACUGCGUGGUCCACCAGAAAGCAGAGAUUGGGGCAGCGCACUAAAAGGAUGUGAUGAUCCCCUCUUCCUUGACUUCUUGAAACAGUGUUUGGAGUGGGAUCCUGCCUUGCGCAUGACCCCCGGUCAGGCAUUACGGCACCCCUGGCUACGGAGGCGUUUGCCAAAGCCUCCCACUGGGGAGAAGACAUCAGCAAAAAGAAUAACAGAGAGCACUGGUGCUAUCACAUCAAUUUCCAAGUUACCUCCAACCUCAAACUCAGCUUCAAAACUGAGGACUAAUCUGGCACAGAUGACAGAUGCCAAUGGGAAUAUUCAGCAGAGGACAGUGUUGCCAAAACUUGUUAGCUGAGUUUGAGUAAUCGGAUGCUGAUAAAAAAAAAA